AAAACAAGUUGUGAAAAGGUGCCAGGAAAAGCUUGAAUAGCCUUUCAUGAGCUUUAGGGUUCAUCUUGUUUCGUUUUAAGCCGAAAACCAUUUAAAAAGUUUUACAAUUAACACAAAAGCUAAAAGUGCCAGACUACUUAGACCGAUGAAACAAAGAAACGCUAAUUUCAUAUUUAGUUCAUACGUGUUUUUAGCGCGUAUACUUGAUCUGCCAAACGCCAUAUUAGAUUUCGAGAUUAAGAACUACAAGUCCCACAGUGCACUUCGAUUCUAAAUCCGAUCAUUGUGGAAAAAGGAGUUCUACCAGAAAAUGCAUCAAGACAAGAUCAUUCGUCCAACUAAAGUUGUGAUAGUACCCGGGAAUGGUGCUGGAAAUGUGGAGCAUUGUAACUGGUACGGGUGGGUUAAAAAGCAAAUAAACAAGAUACCAGAGAUGCAGUGCUUACUUAAAAAUAUGCCUGACCCUAUGACAGCUCGAGAGAGUAUAUGGGUUCCCUUUAUGGAGAAAGAACUUCAUUGUGAUGAAGAAACUGUGAUCAUUGGACACAGCUCUGGGGCAGCAGCUGCCAUGCGAUAUGCUGAGACUCACAAAGUAUAUGGGAUUGUGCUGGUGUCUGCCUAUGUAUCAGACCUCGAGGACGAAAAUGAGAGAGAAAGCGGUUAUUUUAACCGGCCAUGGCAAUGGGAGACGAUCCAGAUGAACUGCCGUCAGAUUGUGCAGUUCGGCUCCACGGACGACCCGUUUCUACCCUGGUCCGAACAGCAGGAGGUGGCAGAUGGCCUGGGCGCAGAGCUGCAUAAAUACACAGACCGGGGCCACUUCCAGAACACCCACUUUCACGAACUGAUCAACGUUGUCCAGAAAAUAGUAAAUGGUUCGGCUUAAACAGCGAUUGCAUUUCCCCCACCCUGCUAAAACCAAUAAAAGAAGUUUAAAUGUA